GAAAGAAAGAGAGAGUCUUCUUGUUGGAGUAAACCCAAACGGUUUUAGAUUACUUAUUAGCUGUUCAUCAGUUCUUCCUCUCUAAAAGAGUAAAACCUAAACAUCUCUCUCUGUUCUAUUAGAACCAAAGACCAAUCUUUGUGAACAAAACACAUCUCGUAUACUUCAGAUCUAGACUCGAAAAUUUUAGACCUCUUUACAAUUGGUCUUUGUUCAUCUGAAGUUGGAGAAAAUAGUUAGCUUAGGUCGGAUCUUUUCAUAUGCUUUGGAUCCUCCUUCGUCUCUUUUGUAUAAUUUUAACCUUAUCAAGAGUUCUUUUUGAAUCUCAAAAGAUUAUAUAGUAGUAUAGAAGGUUUAUAUGUAUAUGUAUAGCCAGAUAGUUUAUGUUGUUUAAAGAUUCGAUGAUAGCCAAGUUGGGUUAACUUUCUUUUUCCUUGCCUCCUUACUCACAUACAAACCCUAUCUGUCCGUACAAAAUACUAAAAACCCUAACUUUUCUCUCUCCACCAAUCUAGUUUAUUGUUUCAUUUCCACUUCAACGAUGAAAAGCUUGCAUGUGGCGGCCAACGCCGGAGAUCUGGCUGAGGAUUGUGGAAUACUCGGUGGAGACGCUGAUGAUACUGUUUUGAUGGAUGGAAUUGAUGAAGUUGGUAGAGAGAUCUGGUUAGAUGACCAUGGAGGAGAUAAUAAUCAUGUUCAUGGUCAUCAAGAUGAUGAUUUGAUUGUUCAUCAUGACCCUUCAAUCUUCUAUGGAGAUCUCCCAACGCUUCCUGAUUUCCCAUGCAUGUCGUCUUCAUCAUCGUCUUCAACAUCUCCAGCUCCUGUCAACGCAAUCGUCUCCUCAGCCUCUUCUUCUUCGGCAGCUUCUUCCUCCACUUCCUCAGCUGCUUCUUGGGCUAUAUUGAGAUCAGAUGGAGAAGAUCCGACUCCAAACCAAAACCAAUACGCAUCAGGAAACUGUGACGACUCUUCUGGUGCAUUGCAAUCCACAGCUUCCAUGGAGAUUCCAUUAGACAGCAGUCAAGGUUUUGGUUGCGGCGAAGGCGGUGGUGAUUGCAUUGAUAUGAUGGAGACUUUCGGGUACAUGGAUCUACUUGAUAGCAACGAGUUCUUUGACACCUCAGCUAUAUUUAGCCAAGACGACGACACGCAAAACCCUAACUUGAUGGACCAAACCCUUGAGAGACAAGAAGACCAGGUCGUUGUUCCGAUGAUGGAGAAUAACAGUGGUGGAGACAUGCAAAUGAUGAAUUCUUCCUUGGAACAGGACGAUGAUCUCGCUGCUGUGUUUUUGGAGUGGCUAAAGAACAACAAGGAGACUGUGUCGGCUGAGGAUUUGAGGAAAGUAAAGAUAAAGAAAGCUACGAUUGAAUCAGCGGCAAGAAGACUAGGCGGUGGUAAAGAAGCGAUGAAGCAGCUUUUAAAGCUGAUUCUUGAAUGGGUCCAAACUAAUCACUUACAAAGAAGACGCACCACCACCACCACCACCAACCUCUCUUAUCAACAAUCAUUCCAACAAGAUCCAUUUCAAAACCCUAACCCUAAUAACAACAACCUAAUCCCACCGUCCGACCAAACCUGUUUCUCACCUUCAACAUGGGUUCCUCCACCACCACAACAACAAGCUUUUGUCUCGGACCCGGGUUUUGGAUACAUGCCUGCUCCAAACUAUCCGCCACAGCCAGAGUUCCUUCCUUUACUUGAAUCUCCACCGUCAUGGCCACCACCACCACAGUCUGGUCCCAUGCCACAUCAACAAUUCCCCAUGCCGCCAACCUCGCAGUAUAAUCAAUUUGGAGAUCCAACAGGUUUCAAUGGAUACAACAUGAAUCCGUACCAAUAUCCUUAUGUUCCUGCAGGACAAAUGAGAGAUCAGAGAUUACUCCGUUUGUGUUCCUCAGCAACUAAAGAGGCAAGAAAGAAACGGAUGGCGAGACAGAGGAGGUUCUUGUCUCAUCACCACAGACAUAACAACAACAACAACAACAACAACAAUAAUCAGCAGAACCAAACCCAAAUCGGAGAAACCUGUGCCGCGGUGGCUCCACAACUUAACCCCGUGGCCACAACCGCCACGGGAGGGACCUGGAUGUAUUGGCCUAAUGUCCCGGCAGUGCCGCCUCAAUUACCGCCAGUGAUGGAGACUCAGUUACCUACCAUGGACCGAGCUGGCUCAGCUUCUGCUAUGCCACGUCAGCAGGUGGUACCAGAUCGCCGGCAGGGAUGGAAACCAGAAAAGAAUUUGCGGUUUCUCUUGCAGAAAGUCUUGAAGCAAAGCGACGUGGGUAACCUCGGAAGGAUCGUUUUGCCAAAAAAAGAAGCUGAGACACACUUGCCGGAGCUAGAGGCAAGAGACGGCAUCUCUCUGGCCAUGGAAGACAUCGGAACCUCUCGUGUUUGGAACAUGCGCUACAGGUUUUGGCCUAACAACAAAAGCAGGAUGUAUCUCCUCGAGAACACCGGCGAUUUUGUGAAAACCAAUGGGCUCCAAGAAGGUGAUUUCAUAGUCAUAUACUCCGACGUCAAAUGUGGCAAAUAUUUGAUACGAGGGGUUAAAGUAAGACAACCGAGCGGACAAAAGCCGGAGGCCCCACCGUCGUCAGCAGCUACGAAGAGACAAAACAAGUCGCAAAGGAACAUAAACAAUAACUCUCCGUCGGCGAAUGUGGUGGUCGCUUCACCAACUUCUCAAACUGUUAAAUGAAAAACAGAGACAAAAAGAAACAAUAUAAAUAUUAUUAUGUACCAAAUAAGAAAGAGGGCAAAAGGAAAAAAUGGCAGCGUACCCGAGUGUGCCACUUCUCGUGCAUGCAUGGGAUCUUGAAGACAAAUGGAGGGUCAUGAUUAAAGCUGUUUGGUCGGGGUCCGGGUUUUUACUCCAUUUUUUGCUUUUUCUUGUCGAGUCGGUUCUUUUAUAACUCUUUACUCUUUUUACCUUCAGGAUAUUGUAGAGAUGAUUAAUUCUGGAAAUGGUGUUUGUGUUAUAUUUCUGGAGAGAUGAUUAUAUAGUUCUUUUGUUGUUGUAAUUGGUUAAUAUUACAUAUGUGGCUCAUUUCUUGAGUCGAGCUUACAUAUCGUUUAUAAUGUGAAUGUUUUAAGAAGAGUUGAA